GCCUCAGUUUAUUGACGUUGGCCGCCCCAUGCGCAACGUGUUCUUUUCCAUUGUUUUCAUUUCUGGGGGGGCGCUACUUUACCCGAUAUACCUGAGUUUUUGUUUAUUUUCGAUUCCGCGCUCGCAUCGUGUGAAAGUGCAGCUUGGCUUCUAAUAGUUGUAAUUUGCACUAAUUACCGUCGCAAUGAACGAUUUCGGGCAGUUCGCCAAGGCUCAGGGCCCGAAGUUGGUGCCAUUUCUGGUGACCCUCGUCCUGUAUUUCUCUCUUGUCAGAAAGGAUCCCCAAGGAGAACUAUGGACCACAGUGCUCAAGUGUCUGCCAAUUGUGGCUCUGAUGUUCUAUGUGGUGGCCAAGGGAAUUUCGCUCAAAAAAGAGUAUCGUCGCUCACUUUGGAUACUUUUGGGCCUGGUCUUUUCCAGCGGUGGUGAUGCCCUGCUCAAUAUAAAUCUAUUUCCGUUUGGAAUGAUCUCCUUUGGAGUGGCGCAUGUCUUUUAUAUCAGCGCCUUUGGUUGGAAGCCAGUAAAGUGGCUCAUUGGAUCGGCUCUCUAUGUGGCCGUGUCAUUUUUCAUUUACUUUGUGCACCAGAAUCUGGACGAGAUUCUCAUUAUCGGAGUGCCGAUCUACUGUUUCCUGAUCACCACAAUGCUCUGGAGAUCCCUGGCCCGCGCCGUAGACUCCAGGAACUUCCUCACCAUUUUCUGCGCCAUCGGAGCGAUUCUAUUUGUGAUCUCCGACGCCCUAAUCGCGGUUACCAUGUUCGUGGGCGUGCCCCUGCCCUGCGCCCGCCUCCAGAUCAUGAUCACCUAUUAUGCCGCCCAGUUUGCCAUUGCGCUGAGCACCGCCGACGAUGGUCAACGCAGCUUUCGCAAGAAAAUCAAGUGA